GCGUUUGAGAGAGAGAGAAGGCAGAAGCAAGCUGGUCUGACCAGAAACAGAACUGCCUGUGACAGAUUAAGAGACAAGCAAGGCUUGGAAUCUGAGAGCAAGCAAAGAGAGUGGAAAUUUACAGCUGCCCUGUGCGAGUGUUCAAGUGAUCAUUUUCUGCUAACGUUUUCCGGUGGUAACUGUUACUCUUCAAAGAGAGAGAGAAAGUGAAGAGGGGAUUGUGGAAACUCUUCUCUCUGCAGCGCUUUUGGGAACAGGAGGCACCCUCUAUUAAAUGGAAGAUAAAGCUACUUUGUGUAAAGUGCUUUGAGCCCGAGAGAGAGCUGUCUUCAGCACCUCACCAUGUGUCUACUUUUUGUUGCUUAGACAAGCUUGGACAUUUCUAUAGCAUUUGCAUUCUGUAUUGGAAGAAGAAAUUUCUAUAGAUGAAAAAAAUGCCUUUGUUUAGUAAAUCACACAAAAAUCCAGCAGAAAUUGUGAAAGCUCUAAAAGACAACUUGGCGAUUUUGGAAAAGCAAGACAAAAAAACCGACAAGGCUUCAGAGGAAGUGUCGAAAUCACUGCAAGCAAUGAAAGAGAUUCUGUGUGGCACAAAUGACAAGGAACCCCCCACAGAAGCUGUGGCCCAGCUCGCACAAGAGCUCUAUAAUAGUGGGCUGCUGGUGACCCUGAUCGCUGACCUACAGCUCAUAGACUUCGAGGGAAAAAAAGAUGUGACCCAGAUAUUUAACAACAUCCUGAGAAGACAGAUAGGUACUCGGAGUCCUACUGUGGAGUACAUUAGCGCUCAUCCUCAUAUUCUGUUUAUGCUCCUCAAAGGAUAUGAAGCUCCACAGAUCGCCUUACGUUGUGGGAUUAUGCUGAGAGAAUGUAUUCGACAUGAACCUCUUGCCAAAAUCAUCCUCUUUUCUAAUCAGUUCCGAGACUUCUUUAAGUAUGUGGAGUUGUCAACAUUCGAUAUUGCUUCUGAUGCCUUUGCUACUUUUAAGGACUUACUAACCAGACAUAAAGUGUUGGUCGCAGACUUCUUAGAACAAAAUUAUGACACUAUUUUUGAAGACUAUGAGAAAUUGCUUCAGUCUGAGAAUUAUGUGACUAAGAGACAAUCUAUAAAGCUGCUAGGUGAGCUGAUCCUGGACCGACACAACUUUGCCAUUAUGACAAAGUACAUCAGCAAGCCAGAGAACCUCAAACUGAUGAUGAACCUGCUUCGAGAUAAAAGUCCCAACAUUCAGUUUGAAGCCUUCCAUGUCUUUAAGGUGUUUGUGGCCAGUCCUCACAAAACACAGCCUAUUGUGGAGAUCCUACUAAAAAAUCAACCCAAACUCAUUGAGUUUCUGAGUAGCUUCCAAAAGGAAAGGACGGACGAUGAGCAGUUCAGUGAUGAGAAGAACUACCUGAUUAAACAGAUCCGGGACUUGAAGAAAACCACCCCUUGACGGUCUCAGCCUCUCUCCCGCCACAGUCACUGUCUCAUUUGUUCAGUUUGUACAGAAAGUGUUAUUUCAAAAAGUAACUGUUCUCGGGAAGGCUUCGGAGGAGAUACCUGGUUUUUCUCAAUUCAUUGUUCAGGGUAGAUGGAAUAUAAACAUUUGAAUGAAAAAAAUGAUUAACCUAGAA